AUGAAAAUCGUUGACGAUUUAUAUAGAGGCGGACGAAAAUGGCGGCGGGAUUAUAGAGAAAAAACCCUAAUUGUUCUCACCGAUGAGAGUGAAGGCCUUUUUAAAGACAAAGCCCAUCAGUUUCAAAUUAACCAAAAGACCCCCUACGAAAGGCCUGUGGUUGAUGAGGACAUUGAAGUUAAGAGAAUGAGGAGGUUGGAGGAAAUCAAGGCAAGGCGUGCUCAGAAUGCCAUUGCUGAGGAUGGGAGUGGGUGGGUGAGUUUAUCUUCAGACCGAGGUGGCCACGAAAGAUCUGAUGAUAUUUCUCCUCCAAGGAGACAAAGGACUCGUAACGACUCUCCAUCUCCUGAGCCUGGCCCUAGAGGUUCACUUGCUGAAACAGACAUGUCACCACCACGUCGGAGAAAACGUCACUAUACACCUUCACCUGAACCUAACAGAAAACAUGCAAAGCCUGUUAGUUUGGAUUCUGAUUUGACACCACCUCGCAAAAGGCGGGCCAGGAAUGAUUCACCCUCACCAGAACCUGAAGAUAAACCCCCCAAAAGUAUGAGUGAAGAUCUGUCUCCUCCUCGGAAGAGACGUGUUCAUUCUCCAUCGCCUGAAAGAAGCAGGAAGCGUUCAGAUUCAGCUGAGUUGGAUGGUGAUUUAUCACCGCCUCGCAGGAAGAAGGAUUCACCUGUCUCAGAUGUUAACAAGACGAGCAAUGAUCUUUCUCCUCCACGAAGAAGACGAUAUCAUUCUCCAUCACCUGAACCGGGUAGAAAGCCUUCAAAAUCUCUUGGUUCAAACUCUGAUAUAUCUCCACCACGCAGGAGUGUGAGUGUGAAGGGUUCUCGAGACUCGGAUCUUUCCCCUCAAAGAAAAACUGUGUCCAGGAGUUCCAAUUUUGAUAACUCUCCUCCAAGGAGACCGCGCAGAGAAUCAUCACCUCCUCAAACAAGCAAGGAGCAACGGAAGACUGGAUUAAUUAGUGGCAAAGACAUUGGAAGUGAAUAUCGAAAAAAGAAGCAGGAUGAACAGUUGAGGUUUAAAAAUAUGGAUUCCGAGCUGACUGGCCAGAAUGCAGAAGCAGUGUUCCGGAAGCGAAUAUCAAAAGAGGAAUAUCUUCAAUCAAAGCAAAAGAAAGUGAUAGAGAAGCCAAAGGAGAUCAAAUUGGAAUGGGGCCAAGGUUUAGCUCAGAAGCGUGAUGCUGAAGCUAGACUACAGGAACUUGAGCUUGAGAAGGAUAAGCCAUUUGCUCGGACCAGGGAUGAUCCCGAGCUUGAUCAAAUGAUGAAAGAAAGAGUUAGAUGGGGAGAUCCAAUGGCUCAUUUGGUCAAGAAAAAACAGCACGAGACACCUCUUAUGGAUCUAGGGGACAAUGAGGAUAUGAAAAAAUCUGGGUUUGUCAUUCCACAAAGUAUCCCAAAGCAUAGCUGGAUAACAAGAGGAUUAGAAGCUGCACCUAAUCGGUAUGGAAUAAAGCCCGGUAGACAUUGGGAUGGAGUUGACCGCAGUACCGGACAUGAGAAGGAUAGGUUUAAGAAGACAAGUGAGAAAAAAGCAACGGAAAGAGAAGCUUACCUUUGGUCUGUUUCUGAUAUGUGA